AUGGAGCUCGUCUCAUGCAUUGCCAUGUGCCUCGCGUUCGCCUUGCUCCUCCCUUCCCACGUCACAGCGACGGCGCCAACCGGCACGGUAGAGCGGGAGACCAAGCAGCAGAUUCUGGCGAGCAUCCCGCCGCACUGGGAGGAGAACCCCGUGUUGUUCCUGACGUCGCCGUCCGGCAAGUACGCCGCCUACUUCAUGCGCAGCCAGACCGCGCCGGGCGCGGGCGGCGUCGGGGCCGACUUCUGCUACGUUGAGGUCCUCGACACCACGGCGCCGGGAGCGGAGGGCCGGAGCGUGUGGGAGUCGGAGUGCCUGGCGGUGAGCACCGUGAACACGUGCGCGCUCGUCUUCUCGUGGAAAGGGCUGCAGCAGCAGCAGCAGGGUUCUUCCAUCAUGGGUUCUCGGCUGGUUCUUUUCGGUGCUCUCGCUCUGCUCCUGGCCGGCAGCUUCGGUGCGGCCCAGGCGGCGCCGGCCGUAGUGGUUGGCUCCGUCAAGUGCCUGGAUUGCUCCCCCGACGACGUCAGUGCUGAAGAUGCCCUCAAAGGGCUCCAGGUAGCCAUCAAGUGCAGGUCCGGCGCCGGCGAGACCUACGAGACGCAGACGGUCGGGCAGCUCGACGACAAGGGCGCCUUCAGCGUCCCCCUCCAGGCAGGCCUCCUGCGCGAAGACGGCGAGCUGGACCGCGACUGCUUCGCCCAGCUCCACAGCGCGCCCGACACGCCGUGCGACGGGCCGGCGCCGCCCAGGAUCGCCCCAGCCAAGUCCACCACCCAAGGUGUCGCCGACGCCGCCAACACCUACCUCGCGGUCGCCGAGGACACGGUUUUCUCGCCGGUCGCGUGCGCGUGCAAGAAGAAGAAGAAGCACUUCAUGGUCGGCCCGCCGCCGCCGCCCCCGCCGAGGCCGGAGCCCUCAUACGGUACCCCGACGCCGACGCCGACGCCCACUCCCACGCCGUCCUACGGUCCUCCUUCGACGCCCAAGCCGCCCGCGCCCGAGGACGACCCGAAGCCGUUCUUCCACAAGCACCCCAAGAUGAAGAAGAUGAUGCACAAGAAGAAGCCGUGCCCGCCGCUCGGGGAGGAGGACAAGCCCAAGAACUGA